CUUGAUCUGUUAUCUGAAUACUUUCUGAGAGAUAAGAACAUAGCAAUUAUAAACGUAAAUUAAUUCCAAAAGAAAAUGAAAAGCUUCGUCUUGUAUUUAAUACUUUCACUAAUUAUGGCGGCUUUUUCAACCAAUGAUCCACAGCAUUGCUUUGAUGUUUUGGAAAUUACUCAAAAAUCGGAAAUAAAAGAGUUCUCUGAAAUGUCAUUCAUAGAAACUGCAAAUACAGCUUUAACUGAAGAUAUAUUUAGUUGUUUUCUAGAGGAAUCGCGUAACAGUGAAGGCGAUAAAAGUGAAACUGAAAAAUACUAUGAUAUUUACAAGAAAUGUAAUGAAUAUAUACAGAAUAAUAAUGAACCGAUUGGUAGUCGACAAUUUAAAGAAUUAACUAAAUUGGGUUUGUCACCUGCUCUGAACACUAAUAUACAAAAUAGAAUAAAAUCAAAAGAAAUGAAAAAUAAGGAAGGCAUCUUACAUAUCGCAAAAGAUAUGGCGAAAAGCAUUGAGAAUAGUUUGGAAUUUAAAAAUUACAAAAAGUUUAUUUUACAACAACUUGGAGGUCCCAAAUUAAAACAUGUUGGUUAUGAUGAGAGGAAUGAAAGAAUUAAUAGAAAUUCUGGCCAGAAAUCGGCUUAUUUGGAUAUUUCCUAUAUAAUGCUCUUUCAAUAUUUAUGUUUUUUAACUAUUUUAAUGUUUUCGUAGAAAUUGUAGUCUAAUAAAAUGUGUAUUAUUAUGCGUUAUAAUCGGUCGAUCGAUAGCGGAAUUAAGAUUAUAAAACAUAUAUGAAUUUCAUUCUUUUUUCAAUAUAUCUAGUUCGAAAUGUAUGAAGAAUAAUAGAAAAAUAAAAUAUAACA